GUAAAAAUUUCACUAAAUACUGAAAAUUUAAAUAUAAUAUUUACUAAAAUCGAAUUUUGUAAUUUAAUUAGUGCAAGCCUAAAAAAGCCAUUUAAAACGAUAUAUUUACAAUAAGAAAAAAUUAAUGGAAGUUAAGCGGAAAUAUGGUUAAAAGUUCGUUUGCUAGGCAAUUAGCCAAACAGACAAAACGUUUGUAAUACCUUUUAUGGUAAAUGUUAGUUUAUUUCGUAUAUGAUAAGAUACGGGAGUCAAUUUCUUAUAGAGAAGAAACAUUUAAGAACAACAAACAUUUAGAACCAUAAUUAUGAAUGGCGGAGUAGGUUUACGAAGUGCGAGAAAAGCCCAACAAAUAGGCAGUAAGAAACGUAAGCAAGAAACGCCUGUGAAGUGUGACCAGGAGGCGUUUGCUCGAAUGUCACCUGAACAGCCGUCUAUAUACCAGAAUGGUAUUAUAAACGAUUUGCUAAAUAAAGAUAAGAUGGAACUACCGAAGCAAGUAGAGGAGCAGGCUCAAGUCGCCAAAUUUUGCUCAAUGUGUAUGCGCGACCAGGGAAACCGCCUGGUUGAUAUGCGAAAAAAUCUUCCAAUGAACGAAACACUUAUGACAUAUUGGCAUCUGUCGAAAGAAAAUGUACAAAACUGGUUAAGUUCGAUUUGUGUGCAAUGCAUUUUCAAGAUCAACGCUCAUAAAGAGCUUACAAUGUCAAUAGGGAGGCGUUUUCAAAAAUUAUCGUCGCAGAGUGCUCAACUAACUUCAGCGGCAACAAAUGUACAACAAAAGCAACUUAUACCCCAUCAGCACCAUCAAGAAUUAUUGAUAACAUCACUUACGCCUGAUACUAGUCCGAAUAAUUUUCUUAUACCUGUAACAGAAGACACACCUCUACAUACGCCCGUAUUGGAACGUAGCUGCUCUCCAGUGAUGAAAACAAAUAACAGCAACGAGGAGGUAUCUGGAAAGCAAACAAGCAAUAAUGGAGUGAAACACUGCGAAAAUGUCAAUAACGCACCAAUGCCACCCUUGCCAACGAUGAACAACUAUUCUAUGUUGGAAGUUUACGAAGAAAGAAACGUUUCACCUUUGACAACUGAAUCGGGGGGAGCAAAUCGUAAACAAAGUUAUGCUCGGGUACGUAAAAUACCUGUCCAGCUGGCAUGCCCACAUUGUAGUCGCACUUAUUGGCGCAAAGACUAUCAUACAAAACAUGUGCGACGCUGCAAAUCUUCACAACGCUACGCUAAAUCGAUGACUUCAGCGCGUAGUGUUAAGAGCACCCAUUUAGAAGCAGACGAUGAAAGUCAACUGGCGCCCGAAUUUAGAUCAGAUGAUUGUCGUCCCACACCUGCAGAUAAUAAUCGAACGCAAACAACCACCACACCACGCCUUUUCCACUGCAAUGCUUGCGCUGUAACUGUGGAUUCACUAAACAAAUUGAGGGAGCACAGGCGUAUACAUCUGCAAAGGUUCUAUUGCGACAUUUGUGGCGAUGAGUUUACCAGCAAAUACGAAUUUGAAUUUCAUCGUGUAGUAUGUGCAGCCAAGCAAGAGGCUAAGCUAGCGGUAAGUACGCCGGAUCCUAAAGAUGAUGAACCGGCAUUGCCGGCAAGACGUAUGACUCGGGCUAGAUCGAGGGCUUUAUCAAUCGGAUCCAGUCUGGCAGUUUCAAUAAUGACAACAACAAAAAAAUCAACAAAAAAACCCAAAAGUAAACCCAACAAAUCAACCACUAAAAAAGGAGUGAAAACAAAGAAAAGUCGUUCCGUCAAAAGUGUUGCCAAGAAGACUAAACAAAAUAAACGGAAAAGCAUAGACAAUAAAAGCGUGCCGCAGGCGCCAAGUAGCUUCAACGAAAAUUAUGAACAUAGUGACUCCGAAAGUGCUGUUGAUACUUACGGUUAUAAUGAAGAGGACGAUGAUGAUGACGAGGUAUCUAUCCCAGACACCAUGUACCAUAGGCGCUUAAGUUUCACUGGACAGUGGGUGGAAGAGCAUAGCAAUUCACAAAGUGUCAUAUCACAGUUUGACUACAAUUUUGAUUAUUAUCCAUUCGAUGAUGACGAGCAUUUACAAAUACAUACAGACAAAGAAUAUGAUCUUUACCUUUUGGAUCGCUUAAAAUUAGAAAUAAUUUCAAAAUCAUUCACUUGUUUCGUGACUGAUUGCGACUUUAAAACUGAUACCCUGCCGAAAAUCAUGCUACACGAUUAUUUGGAGCACUUCAAGAAAUCCUGGUUCUAUUGCAAAAAAUGCGGCAAUUGUUUUACCAGCAAAGUAUUUCUCGAUUAUCAUUUGGAUCGUCAGAAUAGCGGCCGUUAUUUAUGCUAUAAGUGCGGAAAUACAUUUCAGUAUCAGCAUCAACUGGACCGUCAUAUGAUUCGACAUCGGCGUUGUAUUAACUAUCGUUGCAAUUAUUGUAAAUUUGAAUUUUUAACAAAAAACGAAUUAAUCGAACACUGCUCUCUCGAGCGUCACGAUCCCAAUGGAGAGAAAUUAUUAAUCGGUAUUAAACGUACAAUGACGAUAACGAAUCGUAUAAAAAGCGCUCAUCCGUUGGCGCGCAGCAAUCUAAAGUAUGACAUUAGGAUAUUGAAUUUGCAAUUACCAAAAAUGCCUUCCAAAACGGGCCCAUCUAUGGAAAAGUUCGCCCGAAAUUUGCCCGCGCAUCUAAAGAGACCCUAUCUACGAUUACAUAUCGGUCAAGUGGAAUUUAAAAAUCAACGUGAUCCCAACUGCUGGGGCUGGAUGUGAAUUGAUGUCGGCGACCAGCUCUUGUAAAAGUUUUUUAAAGGUAUUUUUAAGAAAUCAUAAUUUUAUAGGAAAAUAUUGAGGCGAUUUUCAUGGCAGCAUUUAAAGAAAAUGAUUUUUAAAAACGUUGUCAGCCUCCUUCCUGAUAAGAAAUUUGUGCCAAUUCUUCCAUUGGGUUAAGUUUAUUCUACUUAUUAUUAUUUUUUUAUUUUUUUUUUUAUUAAUAUUCUAUUGAGUUAAUUAAUCUCCUCUGCCUUACUAAACUUGUGACUGAAUUUCCUUAUUCUAAAGUUAUUUAAUAUGAAUUAUAGAAAUUGUAGCGAGAUUUUGUGAGAAAAUGAAAGCGAGAAAUUUUAGAAAAUUUAAAAUCUUUUAAAGAUCAUAAUUUAAACUUGAAAAAUUUAUAAAAAUCGAUAUUAGAUUCGUUUAUAAAAAUUUUUAAUAUUUCCUUCUAAGUCAUAAUACUUCUGAUAAACAUAUUGAUUACUUUACAGAUUUUGUGUUUCUGUAAAUUCCUACUUAAAACAAAAAGGAGAUAUGAGCAACCUAUACACUUGUCUUAAGAUGAGUUGUAAGUAUCCAUCGCCCAAGUCCAAAAAAGUAUUGAUAACAUGAGCGCACUUUCUUAUAAUAAGUGGAACAAAAACUUGUGGAUAUAAGCAAAGUAUAUAUAUAUAAAUAUAAUGUUAGAAACGAUUACGAUUACGAGAAAUUCACAAAGCUUCUCAAGUAAUGCAAUCUGAUAUGCAUACGGAUAACUACUGUACUACUUUAUAUAACGGUCGCAGAAUAUUCACUGCUGACCGCGACUCUUUUCUUGCCACUAAAAUCGGAUGAAUUGUUCUUAGAAAUUUUGGGUGUAGUUUUCAUGAAACGAAAAUCGAAUGAAUUUUUCCUUUAAAUUUUUGGUGUAGGUUUUCUUGAAACGAAAAUCGGAUGAUUUUUUUGGUUAGGCUGAUUAAAUGCUUCCCAUAAUGACCAAUGGCUUAUUCAUUUCAGUUUGUCUGAUUAUGAUAACUCCUAUAUCAAUUGGCAUAAGGCAAUUUUAUUAUGUUAUUUAAUUUAUUACUAUUUAAAAUUGAUUGUGAGAUUCAUUUGCCGGUGAUUCGACACGGCAUUUCCCCGACGCGGACGGGCAUCUGCCUCAGCUACGUAGAUCUUAAAGUAUUCUUACACAGCAGAGGCAUAAGGGAUCGAAAAAUCUUGAAAUUUUGAAUUCAUUGUCGUUUGAAUGAUGACUUGUUAUUACUCUCUCGAUGUGUUGAUUUCUGAGUUUAACCGUAUGAGCAUCGGCACCGUAAUUUAUAUCUACAGACAUUUUUAAUUAUUAAAUUUUAAUAAAAAAAAUCUUCAUAGAAGUCUUAAGCAAUUUUUAUAAUUU